GCUCAAAUGAAAUCGCAAUCCCUUUGCAUUUGAUUUUCCUCGACUUGUCCAGAAACCUGUCAAUCAAUGGCGGGGGUAGGGUUUAUGCAGUGGGGCGUGUUUGUAUCUGGAUGUGACGUCAUUCACAGUCGACCGCAAUUCAGCGCGUUUUCGUGGUUAGUGGCUAGGACGGAAGACGUGCGAUUGGGCUGGUUUCUAUUUGCGAUGGCUGCGGUCAGUGAAAUUGUGGAGGACAUUAUGAUCCUCGCACAGCAAGCUGAUGAUAGUUCCUUCUCUACUGACUUUCUCUUACUGAAUAACCAUUUAAUUUUAGACAGGUUAUGUGAGUUUAUGGCCAUAACGAAUACCAACAUUAAUAAUGUUGUUUUCGCCAACCUCGGUGAAGUGAGUGAAAGGCUUCUUGUGAAGGACCGAACUACUAUAGAGCCAGGGGGCCCUUUGAAAGACAUACCACUCGACAUGAUUGAAUUUUACCUAGUAUGUGGAUACUCCUGUGUGCAAAUAGCGCGCUUGCUUGGAGUAUCUGAGCGAACCAUCCGUAGAAGACUGGAACAUUAUGGAAUAAGGGCUAAAGACUUGUACACUGAUGUCAGUGAUGAAGAAUUGGACAACAUUGUUGCAGAAAUACAAAGAAAUUGCCCAAACGCUGGGUACAGGAUAAUACAUGGUCAUCUUCGAACUCAAGGACUCCGUAUUCAGACUUUAAGGGUGCGCGAGUCAGUACAAAGAGUUGAUCCAGUUGGAACUCAAAUGAGAGCCCUAUCAAUAUCCACACGUCAUCGCCGUCAAUACUCAGUCCCAGGACCAAAUGCAAUGUGGCAUAUUGAUGGAAACCACAAGUUAAUAAGGUGGAGGUUUGUUAUCCAUGGAGGUGUGGACGGCUUUAGCCGCUUAAUUGUUUACCUUAGUGCUGCUACAAACAACCGGGCUUCAACGGUUCUUGACAGUUUUAUUGGAGCAGCUGAGAGAUUUGGAAUCCCAUCUCGAGUACGCUCAGACAAGGGCUUGGAGAACAUUGAAGUGGCACACUUUAUGGUAGCACGUAGUGGAGAGAACCGCAAUUCCCACAUAACUGGAAGAAGCGUCCACAACCAAAGGAUCGAAAGGUUAUGGAGGGACGUCUAUGAACAGGUCCUAGACAAGUUUUACUGCUUGUUCUAUGGAAUGGAGUCUGAGAGUUUACUGGAUCCAGAUAAUGAGGUCCACCUGUAUGCACUACACUGGAUUUUCCUACCUCAGCUGCAAAGACAUCUAACACUGUUCCAGGAAUGCAUGGAAUAACCACAAAUUAAGAACCACAGGCAGCCAAUCCCCUCUACAGUUGUGGACAACCUUCCAGAAUGAUGAUGAUCCAGAUAAGGUGGAUGGAGAAUUUGGAAUAGACUGGGAUGGACCAUCAUGCAGUGUUAAAAUAGAAGGCGUAGCAGUCCCACAGGCACAACUACAGAGAGAACGGACUGCUGCAGAGAUUGACACUUUGCCCAAUCCAGGGGUUGUUUUUACAGAAACAGUAGACACUUAUUGUGAAACACUACAACAGCUAUCUCAUUUAUUGGUAUAGACAAACUUCUCCCCAAAAUAAACAUUCACAAUGAAUAAUGUAAUGGACUAACACACAACAUUAUUCAUAGAACUCAUACAUUCUUCUACACUGCAAAA